GGUAAUCUAUGCCCGAUUCACUCCGUCCACUUUCUCUCAUUCUUUUGUAUAUCCCAACCCUAAUUUUUUCACCACAAUCUAAAAGCUGUAUGAAUUCCUUCUGUUUCAUCUCAUUUAUUUGAUACGAAGGUUGGGUUUCAAUCAUCUUAAUCAGGGUUUUGAUGAUCCUUUAUCGCCGUGAAUUCGAGAUCUCUCCGUGGAAAUUCGUAUGCUAAAGGUUGGAGAAUUGUGAAUGAUUUGGGGGAUUUUAUGGAAGAAAUUAUGAUAUUUUCUUAGAAUCAAGUGCUGGGUUUGAUCUUUUGGAAAUUGGAGACUUAAAUUUUCAUCUGGUGCGUCAUGAUGGAUGAAACUGAGGGGGAAUCGAGGUAUCCGGCGAAUUACGGUGUGAAUCAAGGUUUCGGGUCGACCCAACGACCCAAAGCUUCUGUUCGUAAUGUACCUCAUCCUCAUUCUCAGGAGAUUGCCGAUAAUUAUGUUGAUGAGGACGAGGAAGAAUUAGAAGAAGAUGAAGAAGAACAAGAAGUUGAUGGUGGUGAUGAUGAAAUGAAUGGUGGUAUUCAUCAGAAUGGAGAUGAUGAUGAUGAUGAUGAUGAUACGGAAGAAGAUGAUGAUGGUGAAAACCAUAGUAGAAGUGACAAUUUUAACCUUCAUAGGCAUCCCAAGAAGCGGAAAUUAAAGAGCUUGUUAUCUAGUUUCGAAUUCGCACCUCGACUGCCUUUACCACCACCACGACCACCACAACCACUACAACCAUCACCGGCUGCCGCUUCAGCCACUAAGCCCUCCUUUGGUGGAAGAAACACUCUUACAGACUGGAGCGAACACGAGACGUUUGUUCUCCUUGAGGCCUGGGGCGAAAGGUUUGUUCAACGCGGAAGAAAAAGCCUUCGGUCAGAAGAAUGGCAAGAAGUUGCAGACAAGGUUUCACAGGAAUCCAAGAUCGAAAGAACAGAUACCCAAUGUAGAAACCGCUUAGAUACAUUGAAAAAAAAGUAUAAAAAGGAGAAAUCUUUGUUAGGGAGCAGCAGGAAUCAAACUACCAAAUGGGUAUAUUUCAAGAAAAUGGAUAUGUUAAUGUCAUCAACAAUCCAACAAGCAGGGCUUUCUUGUGGAGUCGAUUCCGGCGAAUAUGUUUUCAUGAAUCCAACUGUGUAUCUAAAUCAUGCAAAUGGAUUGGAUGAAAUGAGGGAUAGCCCCGGAAACACGGAUUCUCAGGAGGGUGAUGACGAUUCCGAUCCUCUGCCAUUAAAGAGGUCAAAAGAAAAAGGGGAUGGAAUCAAUGGAGGUUCAUUCAGAUUGCUUGCAGACUCCAUUAACAAGUUCAGUGAGAUAUAUGAGAAGAUUGAAAAUGGCAAAAGAAAGCAGAUGGUGGAAUUGGAGAAGAUGAGAAUGGAAUUCCAUAGAGAGUUGGAAUCACAGAAGAGGGAGAUACUUGAUAGAGCAAGAGAUGAGAUUGCAAAAAUCAGAGGAGGAGAUUAUGAAGAGAAUGAUUCUGCAGAGAACAUUAGUGGGUAAAAACCAUCUCCUUUUUAACAAGAUCUCUUUAAAAAUUUACUGUUGACUUUUAACUUAUUACUGUUGUAUAAUAUCUGGGUUACAACAGCCUUGCUUCUUAUUUUUUAAGACAAUAAAUCCUAGUUUAAUUUUGGGAAAAACGC